CCACUGCUGAAGCGAAAAUGGCGGAAAGGAGGCGAGGCUUUGUGGGUGAUUGAAAACAAGUGGUGAUCGCCUUUGAAUGCUGACAAGCAAACACAGAUAGUAGAAAAAAAUAUCGCACGAAGUGAAAAUCUGGCUGCCAAACCGAAAGGACAAUGUUUGGGGCAGCAUGCCAGGCAGAGCGCACCUGGAAGCGGCACAUUGCAGAACAGCUGAAACGGAGAGACAGGCUACAGAGACAAGCUUUUGAAGAAAUCAUUCAGCAGUAUAACCGGCUGUUGGAGAAGUCUGACCUACAGGCCGUUUUAUCUGAAAGACUACAGGCAGAGAAAUUUGAUUCCCAGAACAGACAUGACAUCAGUCCAAGCUGUGAUGGCGCACGAAGUGAAGCCUUGCUACAGGAAAUUGCCCAGCUUAGAAUCCGACAUCAAGAAGAGCUCACUGAGUUGCACAAGAAGCGUGGGGAGCUUGCCCAGAGUGUCAUAGAAUUGAAUAAUCAAAUGCAGCUAAAGGAUAAAGAGAUCCAGGCUAAUGAACUGAAGAUAAUGGAGUUCCAGCAGAGAAUCUCUGAACUGCAAGAUGAGUGCAAGGAGCUUCAUUCCAGUUUGCAGGACCUAGAACAAGCCAACCAAACGCUGAAAGAUGAGUAUGAUGCUCUUCAGAUCACUUUCAGCGCUCUGGAAGAGAAAUUACGGCGUACCACUGAAGAUAAUCAGGAGCUUAUUACUCGGUGGAUGGCAGAGAAAGCCCAGGAAGCCAACAAACUUAAUGCAGAAAAUGAGAAGGACUGCAGGCGGAGACAGGCAAAGCUGCAGAAGGAGUUAGCUGAUGCAGCUAAAGAGCCCCUACCACUGGACCAGGAUGAUGACAUUGAGGUGCUAGCAGAAGAGGCCCCUGAACAGGCUGGAGAGACGUCACCAUCCAGAACUGUAACACGCACACCUAGUAAACGAGCCUCUCAGCCACAAUUAGGACUUUUGGACUCUCUGUCUAAUAUAUUUGGCCUUGCUGAGUCUCCAGUCCUUGGACACCAUCUUCCUGAUAAUACAAGACGUCUCUCUGUGAACUCAUAUGGGGGCACACCAGCAGACUCGGAGGUUCAAGUGGGGAUGUGUACUGAAGUACGCCUUCCAUCCACAGCACUUCAUGUUUUUGAUGCCCAUGAUGGAGAGGUAAAUGCAGUAAGAUUCAGUCCUGGCUCACGCUUAAUGGCGACAGGGGGUAUGGACCGAAGAGUAAAACUCUGGGAGACCAUUUCAGGUCGAUGUGAGCUCAAAGGAUCUCUAAUGGGCAGUAAUGCAGGAAUCACCAGCAUAGAAUUUGAUAGUGCGGGCACCCACUUACUUGCUGCCUCUAAUGACUUUGCUAGCAGGAUAUGGACAGUUGAUGACUACCGAUUGCGGCAUACGCUUACUGGACACAGUGGGAAGGUGCUGUCUGCUCGCUUCUUGCUGGACAAUGCUCGUAUUGUGUCUGGCAGCCAUGAUCGAACUCUUAAACUGUGGGAUCUUCGCAGCAAAGUCUGUAUAAAGACUGUGUUUGCUGGAUCCAGCUGCAAUGAUAUAGUGUGCACAGAGCAGUGUGUGAUGAGUGGCCACUUUGAUAAGAAAAUCCGUUACUGGGAUAUCAGGUCAGAAUGCAUUGUACGGGAGCUGGAGCUGCUUGGCAGGGUCACAUCACUUGACUUGAAUCCAGAGAGGACAGAGCUACUUACCUGUUCUAGGGAUGAUCUGUUAAAAAUUAUUGACUUGCGGAUGAACACUGUGAAGCAAACGUUCACUGUUCAAGGGUUCAAAUGUGGCUCUGACUGGACAAGAGUGACAUUUAGCCCUGAUGGUGGUUAUGUAGCAGCAGGCUCUGCUGAUGGGACGUUGUAUGUAUGGAAUGUUCUGACAGGAAAAGUGGAGAAGGUAUUAGGAAAACACCACAGCUCAUGUGUCAAUGCUGUAGCCUGGUCUCCAUCAGGGACGUAUGUAGUCAGUGUGGAAAAGGGUAAUAAAGCAGUACUGUGGUCAGAUCUUUAACUGUGGCCAAGUCACUUCCAAAAGCUGUUUGAAAUUGAGCAACAUUGUAUACAGCAACCAGGUGGACAAAGGAUAAAACAUGAAGUUGCUCCCCUGCAUGCACUUUGAUAGCCUUAAAGAUAUGGGGACUGCCUGCUUUACUCCCCAGAAAAUUUCCUUGAAGGAUCUCCUCUCCCAGCAAGCUGCUGACUAUGGAAAUCUUUCCAAUGUUUAUAUAUAAAUAUAUAUAAUUUUUUUUUUUUUAAUUUUCAGAAAAUAAUAUAAUUUGAGAAUGAGUGGUGUAAUGUUUUGAAUGAGUACUGCGUUGACAAUAGCUGUGUGUGCGUAAAAAAUCUGAGAGGCAGGAACUCUGUGUUUAGCAAAAUGUCUAGGUGGUCUUGAAUGAGAGGAAAUUAUGUUAAAUGGUUAGCUAUAAAGUGCAAUAAAGAGAGGUCAUCUUCAUAUAACUUGAAUAAUUUCAGACUUAUCACUACAAUAAUGACCCCUCCUGUCUUUAUCAAGCAUUCAGUAAGUUUUUAUCAUGUCUAGUCCCACUCUGAGAAAUUAAUUAUUCAGUUCUUCAUUUAAAAGGUUAUGUUUCUUGAUCAGUGUCAUUUACAGCUUUGGGAGAAAUUUUGACCAUGACUGGUCAAAGUGUAUGUUUUAAUUCAUCUGUUAAAUUCAUAAAACUACCCCCAAGGGUCCACUGUGGUUGCUGACUGUUAUCACUCCAUUGAAUUUAUUAAAUAGAGAGCAAUGCAAGGCAUUAACCUAUUGGGUUAGACAUGAUGUUCCUGCUCUAUCAGAUUUUAACCAGUGUUUAUUUUUACCCCUGAGAGGAAGUGAAAUACAUGGACUACUCAACUUUGCCUGUUAAGGUAUAUGGUGUUAUUUAUUUUUUAUUCAGGCAGGGUUUUAAAAUUUUUCUUUUUUAAUGUUGGAUACAUUAAGAUUAAAGAUCUUCCAAAGUAACUGUUCCACUGCUUGUUACCUUGUUGUGUGCAUGUCAUUGUUAGGUACUCUGUGGUUAGCAGUUAGUAAGCUCAAUCAUAACUGGUAAAUGAAGUAAAGGGGGUAGGGAUCAGUGAGUUGACUCCUGUCCAUUAGAAAUAUAGCUGUUUGAAAAGAAUAAAGUUCAAAAUAUUGGUAAUUUUAAGUUUGCCAACAGAUUGAUUGGAUCAAGCAGUUUAGUACUGAAUAAAGACAAUUAAGGGACUGGCAUCUAAUAAAUCCAUUGAUUUGGAUGCACACAAGCAGCCACAGUAGGUCCUUGGACAAGCUUUAAGAAUCACUAUCCUAAGUAAACAUAAACGGACAUAGCCUUUUCAUUAUAGAAAUUAACUCCACUUACACGUUUUAAUAAAUUGUCCGUCUUUUACAGACUCAAAAUAAUGAAAGGAAAUAUAAUAUUGCAUUAAUUGAAGGUUACACUCACUUUCUAACAAGCCCAUUAGUUCACAUUUAUGGACUGAGUAAUUAGAAAAAUGAUAUUUUCAUAGUUAAACCAUUAGAAAAAUUGAAAUUGGACUAUUUCUAUCCAAAGCUUAGAAGAGCACUUGUGUGAUGAUUUGAAAAUAACUAAUUGUUUUUUUACAAAACUAGAUAACAGUAUAAAUAUGAUCAAGAAACAGAAGUUUAAUGAGUUGAAUUGCAAAAAUUUGAAACUCUUAGAUGAAUCUACCUGAAAAUUUUCACAAUGCAAUGCGAUUUACCUAGCAAUCAUUUUCAAGGCAGAGCUGCCAAAUGGAAAUUCCUUCUUUGACCUCAUUGUAAACCUUUAUAAGCUGAAAGCUUGAGUGGUUUGGACUUUGGAACCAUAAAUUGCAAUAUUGUAUCAGAACUGAAAAAUGUAUGUUUAACAAAAAAGACAAGCGUUUCAAGAAAAAGUCCAGUAUUUUCUAGCUAGGACAAUCCUGUAAUAUGCAGGAAGUAAUUCCAAAAGCAAGAACAGAAUUGCUUUUUUUUCAAAAGAGAAUGUAUGAAAGCUGCUACUUCUGUCAAAUGUGUUACAAAGUCCUAAUGAACCAGAUGCCUACUUUUUUCCACAGGAGAUAUAUUUAGGUUUUUUUUUUCUUUUGUUUUUAAAUAAUUAUUUUGAGUCUGUAAAAAUGUCAUUGAAAUUUGCAGAUUUCAUGUUAAAAUUGUCUUUAUCAGUGGUUGAUUGUACUCAACAGUAGGCUGAAUCUCCCCUUAUGUCCAGUGCUGCUGGGAUAGAGAGUGGCCUUUGCACCCUGGAACUGGGACAGACCAGUUUUAAAAAUGAAUGGAUGUUAGAAUUAUACUGUAUAGAGGUAGAGUUAGCAGCUUUUCUAAUGGAGAAUCAUUAAAGUCAAUGCUUUGACUGUGAAUGUAUAAACCUUUAUACACAAGUGUAUAAUCACAGAAAAGGUUUGUGUGACCAUAACUGAAUCCUUCACAUACAGUUUCAAUUCAUGUGUAACUGUUUCAAACUUAUCACAACCCUGCUGUAGUUCACCCAUGGAAAUCUAUAAUUUGCUGAUCAGUUAAAUGGAUUAAACAACGUUUAGCUACUUUUGUUAGAAAAUCAAGUCUUGUGAUUUGUAUUUGUUUGGGGG